GGGUGUGGGUCGGGGUCGGGGCCAGGGCCUCUCCCGCGGGGAGCCUCGGACGGAGCCGGCGCUGGACGCGGCCUCCCUCAGCUCUGCUGGCGGCUCGGCUCCUGCUGCUUCCCCGCCGGGUGUGCCGGGCCUCGCUGCCGGCCGGUUCUCCAAAUGGCUUCUUUUGGGUGGAAGAGAAAGAUCGGUGAGAAAGUUUCAAAAGCUACUUCUCAGCAAUUUGAAGCAGAAGCUGCCGAUGACAAGGAUCUGGCUGAUGAUGAUGAUGCUAACUGGCUGCAUGCAACUAAGAGAAGAAAGGAAAGUCUCUUAGAAGACUGUGUAAAGAGAAGUAAGGAGCUGAAGGAUGAGGGUGCAAGUUUGGCUGAAAAUAGGAGGUACCGGGAGGCUAUUCACAAGUGGGAUGAAGCACUUCAGUUAACUCCUGAGGAUGCUACGCUUUAUGAGAUGAAAUCACAGGUCCUGAUGUCUUUACAUGAAAUGUUCCCAGCAGUGCAUGCAGCAGAAAUGGCUGUCCAGAGAAACCCACGUUCCUGGGAUGCCUGGCAGACUUUGGGACGUGCCCAGCUUGGAUUAGGAGAGAUAGCACUGGCAAUCCGAAGUUUCCAGGUGUCCUUACACAUCUUUCCAAUGAACCCUGAAGUAUGGAAAGAGGACCUUUCCUGGGCAAGAAAACUACAUGAACAGCAGAAGGCAACAAAGACUGAGGCAAUGCAAACACUGGCAAAAGAGAAAGAUCUUGCACAAGAACCAAUCCCAGACUAUGACUUUGAAAGUGAUGAAAUUGUGGCAGUCUGUGCUGCUAUUGCAGAGAAGGAGAAAGCUCUUUCAGCAGCUAAAACGGUAGUGAUUGUGUCUGCUUCAGGUACAGUAGAGACUGUUACUGAGAAGGAGAAUUGUCCUACAACUCCUGAUGAAACUCUUUUCAUCAGAGCCCGAUAGAGCAGCCUUAUGGGCUGUCAUAAGAACGAGUGUUAUUUAUUGUAUUGGGCUUGCUUUAUUUUUGUUUUUUGAGCAGUGGGAGAGCCUGUAAAAGCUAAAGAACUGGAAGUUGAUUUUAUUUUGUAGAUUUAAAAAGCAGUCACCUGAGUCGUUCCAUCCAUAUCUCUGGAAAAGAAAGCGAAGAGUUGAUUCUAAAAAUCUUAUGAACAAAUGUAAUACUAAAAUGCUCAACUACAUUUUAACAACUGUUUUCAUCUUUAUGUCUUUCAUAAUUUUGCAAAUUAAUGUCUACAUUUUUGCAGUAAUUCAUAAGCUUCUAUUUAAACUGUAAAAGAAAAAGGGAUUUAAAAAAAAAAAUCUGUUUCAAUCCUUACUCGUUAAUUUUAUUUUUCUUCCAGUUGAAGUGUGAACUGUUCUUUGUUAUCAGAAGUCUUUAUUUUCAUUAAGAUUACUUUUUCUAUGAGGAAGUUCCCUAUGAAGCGGAGGUGGAUUAUUAUUUCACUUGUGUGUGUGUGUGAUAGAUUGGGCUUCUGAUUUGGAGUCAAAUGAAAUCAGUAGAAACCUUUGUGUUGCUUUCAUAGGUGGAUGGGUUAAACACUUUCCGAUUAGAUGAAAGGAAAUGCAAACAAGCAUCUGAAUGCUUAGUUAUUACUAAAUGUUUCAACAGAUGAAAGAACAUUCAGCUGAGACUGAAACUGGCCUUUAUCUUGAGUGUUGUGUGACAGACAUCACCAAAAGUAAAAUGGUGGGAGCUGGAAAUAGGUACGUCUGAAGUGUAUUACAUUUAGUCUUUUCUUUCCUAGUGAGGCUAAUUUCAUAAAGAGAGUCAGUUUGUUUGUCCUGAUUCUCAUGUCCUGCUAUUUAAAGUAUGUUCUUAAUGAACCACGUUUUCAGUACAGCAUUACCUGAGUCUCCCUUUUUAUCCUUUUUUUUUUUUUUUUUUUUUUUUUGGAUGCUGUGGUGUGUAUUCACAUUGUGUUAAGAGGCAUAACAUAGGAGAUUUGUUUGGUGUUAGUCUUUCUUUAGGGAAGGGGGCCACAGAAGUGAAGUCAGGUUGUUUCUUCGAUGCGCUCUGUUCUGGACUGCUCUCUUUUCAUUGUCUUGGAGACAUGGUAGAGAUGGUCACCUCCUAGCUGGACUUGAAAAAAUGGUCAACUGAGGAGUUCCUGGAGAAUUCAGGCUUGGGAACACAUCAUUUCUACUUCAUUUUUAUGACAUUUUGCAUGAUAAAAACAUUUGAGUAAUAGUUCUGUAGGUGAGUGAAACCUUUUGAAAUCAAUCGUCUUUCCAUUUUCCAUAUCUGAUUUCUAUUUUCAAAAUAACACAUUUUAAAAGAAAAUAGUGUUGCUCGAGAGCAUAGUGAUUUUUGCAAUAGAAGGUGCUUUGUAGAAAAAUUACCUCAAAUCACUUUCAGUUGAAUAUCUUUAUUUAAGAGAACGCUUACAGACUUUGCAGUAAUUAAUUAUCCCUUUCAAAAACUUAAUUGCCAUGUUGUACUUACUAAAUUUUCAUUAAUUUUUACAAGAUUCUUCGGAAUAUAUUUUUGUAUUGGUGUGAAAUUUUGGAUCUGUACUUGCACAUGCACACUUAUACUUUUUAACAUCUCAGUAUUCAAAGUAAUCAUAAUUACAGCAACUAAAAUAUAUUAAGAAAUCUAAAAAAUUACCAGGUCAUAUUUUCAUUUGUUCUUUUGGUUCAAAAAUAAAUCUUAAAUGCUUACUGAAUAGGCAUUAGAUUAAGAUAUGGUUUGAUAGAUGGUUUAAAUUGUCCCAGUUGAAGAAUUUUUUAGUCUCACUUUCCCUAAGAACUGAAAUAAUACAAUCUACUCAGCCAUAGGAAGAACUAGUGUGAGAAGGAUUUGGACAGAUUUCUUCAAAGAGGAGAUGAUUCCUAGAAAAGGAAAUGUGUGAGAAGCUGUAAAGUUAUGUUUUCAUUUUGGAAGAGAUCAGCUAUAACCCAACACAAGUUUUUUUUCUUUGCACUUUAUACUUGCAUCAGUGUUAUGUAUUUACUCAUACAGGAAGGACUGCCUCCCUUCUUUCAGAGCUCCAUGUUAUCACAGAAUCUGUUUCCAAUGAAAUGAUUCACAAAUUCCUAUUGACUUCAGCACUGCUGGGCCAAAGUAAUGGAGGGGUUUGUAUCUACACCAUUGAGCAGAAUGUCCAUGCUGGGUUCAAGGGAUGGUUGUUUCCAUCCUCUGUACUAAAUGUGUUUCCCUUCUGAUUAGACUAGGUUAUAAAUUCUAGUUAUUGUCAGGACCAUAGUGUUUUAUAGAACACUGUAGAGCGAGUACGUCUUCGUGACACUGUUAAACUGGGAAAAAGUGCAAAAAUUGAUGAUUUAAAUAUUGGUUUUUGUGCAGCAUGCCGUGUUUUGCAUGUAUAGGAACUUUUGGAUCUGUUUGAAUAAAAUACUGACUGCUGCUCA